GCCACUGCCGAGUAAACCCACCGCCUGUAAUCCCUGCGCUGUCAACUCAAUCCUCUGCGGUUCUUUUCCGCCUCUAAACUCAAAAUACACCCGUUGAAAACAUGGACAACAGUGGGAAAGAAAAAGAAGCUGUACAGCUCAUGGCCGACGCCGACAAGAAAGUCAAGUCGUCGGGCUCUUUUUUGGGAGGAAUGUUUGGCGGAGGACAUCACAAAGUGGAAGAGGCCUGUGAAAUGUACUGCAGAGCAGCCAACAUGUUCAAGAUGGCCAAGAACUGGAGUGGUGCCGGUGGAGCGUUUUGCAAGGCUGCUCACCUCCACAUGCAGCUGCAGAACAAACACGACUGCGCCACCAGUUUCAUCGAUGCCGGCAAUGCGUACAAGAAGUCUGAUCCUAACGAGGCAAUCAAGUGUUUAAAUGCCGCCAUCGAUAUUUACACAGACAUGGGAAGGUUCACCAUCGCUGCCAAACAUCACAUCAGUAUCGCCGAAAUCUACGAGGCUGACUUGGUGGACAUUGAAAAAGCAAUUGCACAUUAUGAGCAAGCGGCGGACUACUACAAGGGAGAAGAAUCCAACAGUUCGGCUAACAAAUGUUUACUGAAGGUGGGGGCCUACUGUGCUCAGCUGGAGCAGUAUCAGAAGGCCAUUGAGAUCUAUGAGCAGGUUGGUGCCAACACAAUGGACAACCCACUGCUUAAGUACAGCGCCAAGGAGUAUUUCUUUAAAGCGGCACUGUGUCACUUUAUCGUGGACGAGCUCAACGCCAAGAUCGCUGUGGAAAAAUACGAGGAGAUGUUCCCGGCUUUCUCAGACUCCAGAGAAUGCAAACUUUUGAAGAAACUGCUGGAGGCUCAUGAGGAACAGAACAGUGAAGCCUUCACAGAAGCGGUGAAGGAGUUCGACUCCAUCUCGCGUCUGGACCAGUGGCACACCACGCUGCUGUUGCGCAUCAAAAAGACCAUCCAGGGCGACGAGGGAGACCUCAAAUGAGAGCGUGCGGAGAUGGACGGGACAUACGAGUCACGCGCAUGGUUCCCCUCACACACACACACGUACAACACACGUACAACACGGCACUGCUUUACAAUAUCGCUUCCCUCCAAAUCCUAUUGAAAUGUAAAGCGUCUCCACCUCCACUCCUCUCAUGCAGAGGAACGCUGCGUAACUUUUUACUAACAAUGUCAUGGUAGUUAUUCAUAUUUCUCAAUGUUUUUGUUGAAUUCACUCCAUGUUGUGUACGAGGUGUGACAAUGACAAAACAAGACUAUGGCAGCCAUGCUAAAUGCUAAUCUGGAAGUGAUGCUACAAUUUUGCUAUAUCAUGGACUUGAUGCUUCUUAUUUUGAUAGUCAUUUAAUUGAUCAUCAAUAGAAUUAAUAAAUGGAUUAAUACGCCCAUUUGUAGCUGCAUAGACUUCAUAAUAUAUUGACGGGGCGCGGAGCCGAUUAAUGGGUGCCUGCAUUGUUGGUCUAGCCGUCAAAACUGACCGAGUGGAAUCACAGACAAAGAGCUUUUUUCGUUGAAAAUUCUUGUGAAUAAAUGCUUAAAUCCCUGAAUUCUAUAUAGAUAUGGACGCAAAACAGUCUCGAUUCUUGGUUAAAAGCAAAAAAAACAGGCAGUUAGCAUUUAUUUUACGGAAAUAUUGCAAACUACGAUGCCAGUUAGUAAACAAAUGUAGCGGCCGCCUUAUGUAAACAGCUUUUCCGGUGAAAAUUCUUGUGAUUAAAUGCUUAAAUUCCUGAAUUCUUUAUAGAUAUGGAUGUAAAACUGUCUCGAUUCUUUGUUAAAGGCAAAACAACCGUGUAGUUCGCAUUUAUUUUACGUAAACAUUGCGAAUCUGACCCGUCAAUAUUAUUAUGAAGUCUAUGGUAGCUGUCACGCAACUAUUUUACUGAAAAACAAGCACAGAUGUGGAUAACAAUUAUCAAUUCUAACAGUACUAUUAGCACUGUCAUGAGUAUGGCUUCACCUAUAUCAUUUGUCACGUGUCAAAUGAACGUGGACGACUCCACUUGUUAGUAACACAAUGAAGCCUAAAGAAGCUACAAAACCUUGUUAAAGGCUCUAAAACCGCUUGUUUGGUUAAUCAUUAUUAAUUCGCAUUAUUUCAAUCAUUACUGUGUACAGGAAGUUGAAAAACGAGUUGAGACUGUUAAGCAUAACAUCAGCCACUUUAUUAUUUCCUCCCGACAUGAUUGUAGUCCAUCAGGUUUUAUUUAUGAUUUUGACUUUAUCCAGUUCGAAUGCUAACGGACGGCUCAGCUGCCAUCUCAUCUUGUCCGCCCCUUCAAUUAGCAUGUUCCCCACCCAAACCGUAUCGCCUCCGUUCUAUCACCAAAGUAUCCAGAUUCUUCCGGAGCUUUAAAAAAAAAAAAAAAAAAUCUGUGUGCUCGUGUGGUUGGACAAUAAAGUUGUAUUCUGUCCUUAUUUUGCUCCACACUUUUAUUGUGAAGUGAUGCAAUAUCUCACUUUUUGUGUUCCACUGAAGAAUUCAACCAUACUGAGAUGAAUCCUAUAGUAAAUAUUUCUGUAACUAGAACAAAAAUGUGGAAAUGUUUUAGUUUGCUACAGGGCUGCCCCAAAUUGUAAUAAAUACACAUUUUAUUUAAAGCGAUCGCCAUGGCAACGACAAAGUUUUCAUUCUCCUCAAUUACUGGCCCAAUGAGGACAUAUUGCGGCAUUAAGUAAGAAAAUAACCGGGACUCGAUUAGCCCAUCAAAUGAUUAUCUCAAGGCAGUACUGUAUUCGCCGUUUCCUUUACUAUUCUAGUCAUGUGAAAUCCACAUUAUAUAUUCUUCACAAUGAUGAGACAUUCAUAAAGUUUGUUAUUCCUAUUCUAAAUACUUAAAAAGAGGGAUGUCAUGUAUGUAAAAAUGCUUUUAAUGCUCAUGAGAUGAAUAAGAGGCCAAGAUCAUCAGCUAAAAUAACCAUAAAUUGGGAUUAAUUAAGAUUCUUAAAUGUGGAGUCCACUUAGAUUUAGCUACAUUUUUUAGGGAUUGGUGUUUUGUUUAUCUCCUAUUUUCUCGAUCAUUUUUUGCUUUAGCUGCUCCUCCUUGCACAUCUUCUCAGACACAACCACCGUCAGAAUGUCGGGCUGCUCCGUUACCCCCUCGGGAGCCAGAAUAGUUUGCGAGACAGCCUGCUCCAGCAGGGAGGACACGGCGGGGGUAUCCGUGGGUAGCGAACGGGUAAUCUCGGAAGGGUUGGCCUCCCCGGGAACGGCGAAGUGUCCGUCCAAAGUGACUGUGCCGCCGUCAUCCUCAGUCUCCGCCUGACCUUCGGGUAGAUUCUCAGUCUGGAUGAGGGUGAUCCCGCCCACGUUACCGUGACCAACCAGGGUAAUGCCCCCCGGCCCGACCCACUCUGGUGGCAGGGUGACCUGCUUGGCGUCCAACCCGAGGGCGGCAGUGGCAGCGUUGCUUUUACGUGCUUUCUGGGCGACCCUUUUUCUCUCUUGAGCCGCUGCCUUCCUUUCUUCUUUGGAUUUCUUUUCUUCCACGUUGUCCUGCAGAACCACCAGGUAGUUCUUCCAUGGAGCGUUGGCGUCGUGAGUCUAAAGAUCAAGGAAAAAUACACACAAUUUUUCAUAGUCACUCUUAAGGUCUACCUUCUUUAUCCUCAGUUCAUCAAUUUUUAAACCUUUUUCCCCCGUUUUGCAUAUUUUUCGGUCUAUUACUCGCACCAGUGUUGUUUUCGCCAACAACGACGAUAACAAAAAUAUUUCGUCAACAGUUUUUCAAGACGAUAAGUUAAAAACGUGUUUUUUGAGACUAGAACAUAACGAGACCAAAGCCUGUUUUCGUCUGACGAAAAAAGAACGAGAUGAAAAUGCACAAUAGUCUCCAUCACAUGUUCACAAUGUGUGACAUUUAAUGUGAAGUUAGCCUGCCCUCCCAGUCACUCCAGAAUUUUUUUUCUUGUCUUGUCCAGAGAUAAUAUACAAUGUUGCUUGAGCCUUCAAAGGUUUGUACUGACUUAGUGAUCAUCACACACUACAGUCCCUGACAAGUUUGUCGCUUAUCCAUUUUGUAGAAACAAUUGAUAAUAACCUGACUUUUAAUUACUAAAACUUCACUGUUUUGUGGCAAAAGGUGGAUUUUUCAGAUGAAUCUUCCAUUAUAUUACACCAAAGUCGCCGCAAAUAUUGCAGGAGACCUACUGAAGUCCGCAUGGAUCCGAGAUUCACUCAGAAAACAGUGAAGUUUGCUGUUGGCAAAAUCAUGGUCUGGGGUUACAUCCAGUAUGGGUGUGUGCGAAAGAUCUGCAGGGUGGAAGGUAACAUAAAUAGUCUGAAAUAUCAACAAAUCUUAGCUGCCUCUUUCAUUCCUAACCAUAAAAAAGGAAAAAUUCUGCAACAGGAUGGUGCUCCAUCGCAAACUUCAAUCUCUACCUCAAAGUUCCUCUAGGCAAAGAAGAUCAAGAUCCUCCAGGACUGGCCAGCCCAGUCACCAGACAUGAACAGAAUGAAAGAGGAAGCAUGGAAGACGAAACCCAAGAAUGUUGAUGAACUCUGGGAGGCAUGCAAGACUGCUUUCUUUGAUGUUCCUGAUGACUUCAUCAAUAAAAUUGUAUGUAUCCUUGCAGAACCGCAUGGAUGCAGUCCUUCAAGCCCAUGGAAGUCAUACAAAAUAUUAAAUUUGGAUCUCACAGCACCACUACUUAAUUCGCUGAUGUUAUGUCACACAUUUUUGUAUUUGAAGUACAUUUUAUGUUCAAUUUUCACACUACUUUCUAUAGGCAACAAAAUUUGACCUUUAUGUCUUCAUUAAAUGAUGAAUCUUUUUUUCAGUGAAACAAAUAUAUUUUUGUACAUUCAACAUCAUUUGGGAGGAUCUUAGCUUUCAUAUGAGCCUUUUCUGAAACCAAUUGAAUAAUUAAAAGUCAGGUUAUUAGCAAUUGUUUCUACAAAAUGGAUAAGCGACAAGACUUUUGUCAAGGACAGUAAAUGUAAUUCGUAGCGUUAGCACAGCGUUCGCGUUUGUGUUAGGCUAAUGAUAACGGGACGCGUCCUCUUAAACCCUGACUUUUUUUUUUUUUUUAAUACAUAAAGAUCGUGGCAUCCAGGUUUUACAUAAAGAUCGUGGCAUCCAGGUGCGUAUAAUAAUUCACUGAAAAUAAUGUACUGUUUUCCUGCUGAGUGUGUAUUGUCACCAAAUUGGCGUUGUCCUUGUAGAUGCUACAACAUGUGCUCGUCUGCUCAUUCACAAUAGUUGGAAACCUUUAUUUAUUUUUGGAGUACAUUUUAAAAAAUUUUACAGACAAAAUUUUUUUAGUAAACAUCGACUAAAACUAGACUAACACAAACAAAUUUUGAGAUAACAAAAAUAUGACAAAAACAAAUAUGUCUUAUUGUUCAAAAGACUAAGACGAAAGAAACAUACAAGUUACAAUGGAGGAAAUUUUGAGGGAAAUUGAUAAAAUCCAACACCAAGAACGGGCUUCUCAUCUUGAAAGGCAAUUUAAAGUAAAAAUAGAAUAGAGAACAACAGGCUGAAUAAGUAUAUUGUAUGCUAACGUUACAGGUUGCAUAAACAAUGAACUGAGAACAUGCUUGGUGUGUUAACAUAACAUAGCUAUUAAGAGUUAUUCAGAUAACUAUAGCAUUAAGAACAUGCUAAUAAGUUUACCAAACCAUUAGUGUCCCUCCAAGUCACCAAACGUGUGAAUAAUUACGCGUAACGCCAAACUAUGAAAAAACUGCGACUUAUACUCCGAAAAAUAGGGUAUUUUUUUGUUGCGUUCUUAGUGUAAUUAUACAUAAAUAUACCCCUACAUAGCCAAAACUCAGUAUUUUUACUCACCGUGGUAUGCCUUCGAAGCGUAGACUGAUCAGUGAAAGUGCGAUGGCACAAGCCGCACAUGUAGGGCUUCUCGCCGGUGUGAAUCCGCUGGUGCCGCUGGAGGGCGUUGAGCUGCGUGAAAUGUUUUUCGCAGAACUUGCAGCCGUAGGGGCGUGCGCCUGUGUAAGGGUUGUCAAAACACAAAGUCAGAAUUCCAGCACAGCCGCUAUAGAUGAUCCGGUUCGGAUUCGUACCCGUGUGCACGUUCAUAUGCUGCCGCAGUGAGUUCCUCUGGGCGAAGCCGCGCCCACACUGAUCGCACUUGAAUGGCUUAGAUCCGGUGUGGAUGUUGGCGUGGUACCUCAAAUAUUCCUUUGAAGCGAAGCUCUUCCCGCAUGCCUCGCACAUGAAGGGCUUCUCACCUUGGACGACAAAAGAACUUGUUGACACUGCCAAAAAUGUCCUUAAACUGGGUGGUUGUCUCACCCGUGUGGGAGCGCUUGUGAUAGGCCAGCAUGCUUUUCUGGGUGAAGCGGGAGUCGCACUCGUCACAGGCGUAGGGCUUCUCGCCUGUGUGGAUCCUAAACACAACCACGCUCUGAUAGCAUACCCUGUGGUGUAUCGUAUUUUCCGCACUAGAAGGUGCAACUAAAAGCCUUCAAUUCUCUCAAAAACUGAAGCAGAGUGCCUUCUAAUCUAAUGUGCUUUAUGCAGGUAGUCCCGGGUUACGACGUACUCGACUUACGCGAUUACGACUUUAUAACGUCUCAUCCGCCAUCUUGUGUCUUUUUUUUUUUUUUUUUUUUUUUUAGUCGUGUAAACAGUACCUUACUGUAAUCCACAGUAUCUUAUUUUUACUUUAAUAACAUGACGUGUUCUGUCCUCACUAAAUGUGUUGUUCAUCUUUACAGACAUCAAACAAGGCAACUGUUCUUUUUGAAGCUUUAUACUUUCUUCACUUUUGACAGUUUGUAAAGCUGUAACACACAUAUGUACACUUAUGUUCAAAACAACACCCAUUUUAACAAUAAAACACUUGACACAAAACACUUAGUGUUCAAACGUCCAUCUAGUCUGAUCAUUAUGUAAAUUUAGUAGAUUAAAUUAGCCUAAUUUGACUAACAAAAGUCCGCUAUCUUAAAUGCUACGAAUGCUAACCUAUUUACAACUCUCAUAGCAAAUCGCACACAAGUAACUCCACAAACUGUAGCUGUGAACUUAAUGACAAAUGCAUACACAAACAUAUAUUAGCUGAAAUAACUUACAGCCUUAUGUAGGCCAAACCAGAGCACAGCUGUCCUUUAUCCAUGUCAAAUCAAAUAUAUUUCUAUAGCCCUUUACAAAAACCCGAAAAGUCCUCAAAGUGCUUUGCAACUAUGACAAGAUAAUUCAUGAAAAAUAAAAGGCAGGAAAGUAUUAUACAAUGACAUUAAGAAAGAAAAACACAACAACAACGUAUCGCGACAAAAGUCAAAACAGCAACUAAAACAAUAAAAUGCACGAGAGUCUGCUCCUUAGUCCUUAGGCGAAAGUCCAGCCAGAUCCAACGCUGCCACCAGAGGGCAGUGUAUACUCUCAUUAAACAAAAUACAAGACUUUUGGACUUUUUGGAUAGUUAUUUUGGGGUACUUAAAGGAUUAAUUCCAAUUUACGCCGAAAUUCAGUUUACGUCGCCAGCGUAGGAACGAACUCGUUCUUAACCCUGAGACUACCUGUAUAUGGAUUAAUAUUGGUUAAUCAUGGCAUGACAUUUGCUUUACUGCAGCUCCAUCUAGUGGUUGUAUAACAAAACCCCGACCAUGAUGACUACUACUAGUGCUGCUACUACUACAACUGCGCCUUAUAAUGCGGUGCGGCCCUUGUAUUUAAACCGGUUUUAAAAUGGGCCAUUCAUUGAAGGUGCGCGCUUAUAGGUGGAAAAUACGGUAAUAAUUGGUCAAAUGUGUGUAGGGAGGGGUCAAUUAGUUUACUAGUAGGAAGAGAAUCCCAGACUUGCUAGUUAAAUUAAUUGUGUGACCUAGCUUGUACCUGUGGUGCAUGUUGAGGGCCGAUUUCUGGGUGAAACGUGCGCCACAUUCGGAGCAGACGUAGGCCUUGAUGCCGCUAUGCGUCCGCUUGUGUAACACCAGUGACCCCUUGGAGCUCAACAGCUUGCCGCAUUCGGAACACUCGUGCAGAUGCGUUUCAUGCACCUGAAAGGGCAAACUGGGCAAGUCAGGGAACGGGUCGGGUCGCCAGUGGAGGAUUGACAGGAGUUGUCAUUGUGAAUGGGAAUCAAUUAGUAAUUAUCUUGAUAUAAAUUACUGUGAUACCUCUAUUUACGAAAUGAAUGGGUUCUGGAAGCAGUUUCGUAACUUGAAAAUUCUGUGAGUAGAGACUCGUUUUUCAUCUAAAUGCCCUAAUCCGUUCGUAGCCCCCCCAAAAUUCAGACUUAAAUCUUUUAUAAUGCAUAAAAAUCAUCAAAACAUGGAACAAAUACAUGUUACAAUUAGAUUAUUGCACAAUAUAAAAUCAGAGUUGUGCAUAUUGUAAAAAAAAAAAAAAAAAAAAAAAAAACAA